AGUAACCCCAAAUCCCAAAAGCUAAGAAAGAAAAGAGAAGAAACGAAGAUAGAAUGUGCACAGCCCUAAAGACGAAUUACCAGCUUAGCGAGGAGAUCGGUCGCGGUCGUUUCGGCACCAUCUUCCGCUGCUUCCACCCACUCUCCAACGAACCCUACGCCUGCAAACUCAUCGACAAAUCCCUCCUCCAUGACUCCACCGACCGCGACUGCCUCCAGAACGAACCCAAAUUCAUGACCCUCCUUUCACCUCACCCAAACAUCCUUCAAAUCUUCCAUGUUUUCGAGGACGACCAAUAUCUCUCCAUAGUAAUGGAUCUCUGCCAACCCCACACGCUUUUCGACCGCAUGGUCGAUGGUCCCAUCCAGGAGUCCCAAGCCGCCGCCCUCAUGAAGAACCUUCUGGAAGCUGUCGCGCACUGCCACCGCCUCGGCGUGGCCCACCGCGACAUUAAACCCGACAAUAUUCUGUUCGAUUCGGCGGACAAUCUUAAACUGGCGGACUUCGGUUCCGCGGAGUGGUUUGGGGAUGGGAGGAGCAUGAGCGGCGUGGUGGGGACGCCGUAUUACGUGGCGCCGGAGGUUCUGUUGGGGAGGGAGUACGAUGAGAAGGUUGAUGUGUGGAGCUGUGGGGUGAUUUUGUAUAUAAUGUUGGCGGGGAUUCCCCCUUUUUACGGAGAUUCUGCGGCGGAGAUCUUUGAGGCUGUGGUUAGGGCUAAUCUUAGGUUCCCUUCUAGAAUCUUCCGGACUGUGUCCCCCGCCGCCAAGGAUCUCUUGCGAAAAAUGAUCUGUAGGGAUUCUUCUAGAAGGUUCUCCGCAGAACAAGCCUUGAGACAUCCUUGGAUCUUGAGUGCGGGUGACACGGCUGAACUCACUUGAGAAUGUAGCUAGAGAGAGACAUGACCUAAGUUACAUGGUGCAGUGUAGCUAAUUUUGCUCCUUUUGUCUUUUCUCUCUACUGUCUCAAUAAGGUGGUCUACUCGUGGUGGCAGAGGAAGGAACGGAACAGAGCACGCUUCUGUAGAUUUUUGUUUUGUUUUAGGAAUCUUAUAUCUGAGACUCUGUAUGAGUCGAGAGAAUCUUGUUUUUCCACUCUCGGUGAUUUUCUCUCUGUGUAGUAGAAAGUGAGAAAGUGGGUGAUCUCCCAGACUCUCUCCCCCCUAGUAGAAAGGAGUUUGUUUGCUGAUAUCCUUCUGGUUUUUUGUAUCUGUAAAUCAUAAAUAAACAAUAAUUUUGAAUGGUGUUUAAUUUAAUCUUUC